UCUGCUAUUAUUUAUCUCUAUAAUUCAUUCUUCAAAUUGCUUUAGAACUGUUACAGAUGACGGAAGAAUUUGAUGGCAUAAGAAAAUGGCUAAUGCAUCACUGAUUUUCUUCGUUUUCUAUCUCGUACCUCUUGUUCUACCAGUUUUGUCUUCAGACGUUGAUCCAUUAUUGGAUGUUGAACAAAAUUACGACCGAAAUAUCACUACUACAAUAAAUCCAAAGUGCCCUCAAAAUGAGUGUGUUAAUUUCACUUUAGUUCAUGUCCAACAACAAGGAAGAACUGAUGUCCUCCAUCAUUUGUGGACAAUGGAAAAUAUUCCCACAUUUUUUUAUGCAAGAACAGAAAUUAACACUGAAUUGAUAAUUGAUUGGCGCAAGAUGUUGUCCGGGAAUAAUAGUCAAGCCAUAAGCUUUAGUAAGGAGCCACAGUAUUUUGCAGCCAUUCUUAUUUUGAAGUUUUUUAUGUAUGAUGAUCUCAAUGACACAGGAAUUAUUCCAAAAAUGAACAGUUAUGAUACUGUUUCAUUUAGUACAAACAAAAUGUUUUGGGAACUCAAGUCAUCAAAUUACUCAGGGAGUCAAUCCGCUUCUGUAGCGUUCCGUUUAGCUAACUAUGACGGAGUGGACCUAGAUUUGUCAUCUAACAUUGAAAUAACUUUGACAGCAUACGGAACCCGAGGUCGAAGCCCCAUUUUACCUCACUUAGCCUUCACAGAGAAUUCAACUCAAAUUGAUUUCAUCUUUGAUCGUGUAGAAACUAAAGAAUCUUUCACUAACGCACGGUUAGCCAUAGAAUUAGGCACGGUUGUUUCUGAACCUAAUAGCCGGUUUACUCUCAACGUGUCUCAAAGUUUGGACGAUGAGUACACACCCGGCGUAUUCAAGUUAAUGGAAGUACAUUCAGCUUUGAAUCAACACUGGAUUCAAUGGCGGCCAGUAUGUUAUACCUCAACCAAACGUGAUAUUGGAGACUCAACUGGUGUCUAUCAGACUGGGAUAAGAAAUGUAACCGACGAUGGUGUUUUUGACAACUCACUUUUGCAAUGGUUGUCGUUAGACAUCGACAUGACCUCUAUAUCAAUGAAUGGCUUCAAUGUCUCAUUUGGCGUUGAGGGUGAUGGUUUUUAUAAAGCUUCAAACUACACAGCUUGGACUAUAGUUACUGGCCAUGGAAACCCGAUUGGUGAUCAGUUUUCAGUAAUGGUGAUAUUAGUAAUGGCCAUUGGUUUGGGUCUUCCAGCAAUCGUUCUUAUUCUUGGUGGUGUAGCAAUAGCACUGCGAAACCAUCGGGAUAGUAAAGAUGAUCUAUUGCUGAGCGAUUGAGUUGGUAGAACUGAUACUUGUAGAAUGUAGAGUAUCUCAGGCGAACGGUUCCGCGUAUUUCUCAGUUCGUGUUGACCACUAUGACGCAUUUCAUUCUUUUUUCCCUUCAAAUCGAAACAUUGGCCUUUGCGUGUAUAUAAAAUAUCGAAUAAAAAAGUUUAACAGCAACAGUA